UCCUUUGAUAGCCGCGACAGAACAUGCUUCUCGAGCAGCCUAUCGCGUGAUCAACAAGAGAAGCUGUUCCUGAACCGAAACUCGCCCUGACGGUCUCUGUCGUGUGUUCGAAAAUCCGCCGCGCUUAACCCCACCGCCGCCAACCCAACGUCUCUCCCCUUUUCCGACUCUCGCCUCCCCGCCCCGGCUGUUCUGUCUUGGUGUGUUCACGAGCAGUCUAGGUUCUUGCGAUUUGUCUUGCCAGAUAAUUCUCGCCAUUGCCCAAGAUGGAUCGGAAUCUAGCGCGCGCUGUGGCCGAUAAGCAGCCGGUUCCGGAAAUUGAUUUCACCCUGCAUGUCAUGGAAGAUGGCACCCAGGUGUCCACCCUAGAACGUGUUGUCAAAGAGGUGCAAGCACCCGCCUUGAACAAACCAUCAGACGAUCAGUUUUGGGACCCCGAAGAACCAACGAAACCUAAUCUCCAGUUUCUCAAGCAACACUUCUAUCGGGAGGGUCGCCUUACCGAGGACCAGGCGCUAUGGAUUAUACAGGCGGGUACUCAAAUCCUGAAGUCGGAGCCCAACCUGCUGGAAAUGGACGCGCCCAUAACUGUGUGCGGUGAUGUUCACGGGCAGUACUACGAUCUGAUGAAGCUGUUUGAGGUGGGAGGAGACCCUGCUGAGACGCGUUAUCUUUUCCUGGGCGACUAUGUCGAUCGAGGCUACUUCAGUAUUGAGUGUGUCCUGUACCUAUGGGCACUGAAGAUCUGGUAUCCGAAUACACUCUGGUUGCUUCGCGGCAACCACGAAUGUCGACACUUGACAGAUUAUUUUACUUUCAAGUUGGAAUGUAAGCAUAAAUAUAGCGAGCGCAUCUAUGAAGCCUGCAUUGAGUCGUUUUGCGCGCUGCCGCUGGCGGCGGUUAUGAAUAAGCAGUUCCUCUGUAUUCACGGUGGUUUGAGCCCUGAACUGCACACUUUAGAAGACAUCAAAUCGAUCGAUCGAUUCAGAGAACCCCCAACUCACGGGCUCAUGUGCGAUAUCCUCUGGGCCGAUCCUUUGGAGGACUUCGGUCAAGAGAAGACUGGCGACUACUUUAUUCAUAAUAGCGUUCGAGGGUGCUCCUACUUUUUCUCAUACCCUGCCGCGUGUGCUUUCCUCGAGAAGAACAACUUGCUCUCAGUCAUUCGAGCUCACGAGGCUCAGGACGCGGGAUACCGCAUGUACCGCAAGACGCGGACUACAGGAUUUCCCAGUGUCAUGACCAUUUUCAGCGCACCGAACUACUUGGAUGUAUACAACAACAAAGCCGCCGUCCUGAAAUACGAGAACAAUGUCAUGAACAUCCGACAAUUCAACUGCACCCCUCACCCUUACUGGCUUCCCAACUUCAUGGAUGUGUUCACCUGGUCUCUGCCGUUUGUCGGUGAGAAGAUUACCGACAUGCUUAUUGCCAUUCUCAACACUUGCUCCAAGGAAGAGCUUGAAGACGAGACACCCUCUACCAUCUCCCCUGCCGAGCCGUCUCCACCGAUGCCGAUGGACACAGUGGAUACAGAGAGUACCGAGUUCAAACGACGUGCUAUCAAGAACAAGAUUCUCGCCAUUGGCCGGUUGUCUCGAGUCUUCCAAGUGCUGCGUGAGGAGUCUGAACGUGUUACGGAACUUAAGACCGCGGCUGGAGGUCGACUUCCUGCCGGUACUUUAAUGCUUGGUGCGGAAGGAAUUAAGCAAGCCAUCACGAACUUUGAAGAUGCCCGCAAAGUUGAUUUACAGAACGAACGUCUCCCGCCUUCUCACGAUGAGGUCGUCAGACGAAGCGAAGAGGAAAGACGCAUCGCCCUUGACCGCGCCCAACACGAAGCUGAUAACGAUACUGGCCUUGCCACAGUUGCAAGGCGCAUUAGCAUGAAAAUCCCGUCGACAACGAGACGGUAG